ACCGACCCGACACCGCGCACCCAAACGUGAACCCAAAGCGUUUGGAGAGAGAGAGAGAGAGAGAGAGAGAGAGGGGGGAAGAAGCGGUGAUCGCUCGAUUCGAUCGAUCGUUCGAUCGAAAUCGACCGCAAAAGCGCCAAAAGCCGAAGCUUGGGGAAGAAGCGCUUCUCAACCGAGCUAACCCUAGAAGAAGAAGAAGAAGAAGAAGAAGAAGAAGAAGAAGAAGGAGAAGCGUAGCAGCAAUACCAAUCAUAAUGGGGAAGAAGGGGCAGAGGAAGGGGAAAGUCGCGGCGGCGGCGGCGGGGCCGGCGCCGCAGCAGACGGGGGUCGUCACCGAGGCGACGCUCGUGCGAAUCGGCAAGGUCUUGGAGGAGUUUCGCAUCUCCGAUGCCCAAGUUCACACUUUUGAACCUGGUCUGUCUAAACAAGAACGAGCUGCAAUUCAUGAAAUGUGCAGAAAAAUGGGUAUGAUAUCAAAAAGUUCUGGAAAUGGACAACGGCGGAGACUAUCUGUCUACAAAACUAAAAAGCAGCAGGGACCUACUAAGAAGGACGAAGAUAGUGUUACUUAUUUGAAGUUUUCUGAGGAGACAAGAAAUGUUCUACGGGAUUUAUUUACACGCUAUCCCCCAGAUGAUGGAGAGUUGGGUGGAGAUGCACUAACUAAUAGUUCAAGCGAGAAAGUUGGUAAGGUACAGUGGAAGCAAGAUAAUAGCUUUUGCAAACCUUCGAUGCGCAAGUCUGAUAUAGCAAAGAAGUUGGAGCUGCUUGCUUCUAAAGUAAACGAGUCAGCACAGCUGAAAAAGGUUAUGGAAGACAGAAGUAAACUUCCUAUUGCAUCUUUCAAGGAUGCUAUCACUUCAUCAUUGGAAAAGCACCAGGUGGUGCUGAUAUCUGGUGAGACGGGUUGCGGUAAAACCACUCAGGUCCCUCAGUAUAUCUUGGACUGUAUGUGGGGAAAGGGUGAGACAUGUAAAAUUGUUUGCACACAACCAAGACGCAUAUCAGCAAUUUCAGUUGCUGAGAGAAUAUCAUUUGAGAGAGGAGAACCUGUCGGGGAAGAUGUAGGAUAUAAGAUUCGUUUGGAAUCCAAAGGUGGGAAAAACUCAUCAAUUAUGUUUUGCACAAAUGGUGUUCUCUUGAGAUUGUUGAUUGGUAGAGGUGCAAAUAUUUCAAAGUCAGAGGUUACAAAGCGCUCAAAGGAGGACAGUAUUAUGGGGAUAACCCAUAUUAUUGUGGAUGAAAUUCAUGAAAGGGAUAGGUUUUCUGAUUUUAUGUUGGCAAUUCUCAGAGACCUCCUGCCUGCCUAUCCUCAUUUACACAUGGUAUUGAUGAGUGCUACAAUCGAUGCUGAGAGAUUUUCACAAUACUUCGAUGGCUGUCCUAUUAUUCAAGUCCCAGGAUUUACAUAUCCCGUAAAAACUUUCUAUUUGGAGGACGUACUUUCCAUUUUAAAAGCUGGUGAUGAGAACCAUCUUACUCCUAUGGUUGAAAAUGAUACAAAAGAUGAUACCCCAUUGACAGAAGAUUACCGCAAUGCUCUUGAUGAAUCAAUCAAUCUGGCUUUGUCAACUGAUGAAUUUGAUCCUCUCCUCGAACUCAUCUCUACUGAACAGAACCCAAAAAUCUACAACUACCAGCAUUCACUCACUGGUGUAUCACCUCUUAUGGUUUUUGCCGGAAAGGGCAGAGUAGGCGAUGUUUGCAUGCUUUUAUCAUUUGGUGUUGAUGCCUCUCUUCGAGAUAAUGAAGGAAGAUCUGCAUUGGAUUGGGCUCAGAAAGAGAAUCAGCAAGAAAUUUAUGAAAUUGUCAAGAAGCAUACAGAAAAUGAUGCAUCAAAUUCAGCAGAAGAGGAAGAGCUAUUAAACAAAUAUUUAGCAAGCAUCAAUCCAGAACACAUUGACACUGUUCUUAUAGAGCGACUCUUAAGAAAAAUAUGUACCGAUUCUGACGAAGGAGCCAUUUUAGUAUUUCUCCCUGGAUGGGAUGACAUAAAUCAAACAAGAGAGAGAUUGCUUGCUUCUCCUUUUUUCCGAGAUGCAUCAGAAUUCUUGAUUCUCUCUCUUCAUUCUCUGAUUCCUUCUUCGGAGCAGAAAAAGGUCUUCAAACGACCGCCGGGUGGGGUCCGCAAAAUAAUUCUCUCUACCAAUAUUGCAGAGACUGCCAUCACCAUUGAUGAUGUGGUGUAUGUUAUAGAUAGUGGUCGCAUGAAGGAGAAAAGCUAUGAUCCUUAUAACAAUGUAUCAACUCUUCAGUCUUCUUGGAUUUCAAAGGCAAGUGCGAGGCAGCGUGAAGGACGAGCAGGCAGGUGCCAGCCUGGCACUUGCUACCACCUAUACUCGAAGUUCCGUGCGGCAUCUUUGCCAGAGUAUCAAGUUCCCGAAAUAAAGAGGAUGCCAAUUGAGGAACUCUGCUUGCAGGUGAAACUCCUUGAUCCAACGUGUAGAAUUGCCAACUUCCUACAGAAAACUCUAGAUCCUCCAGUCCCAGAAACUGUACGCAAUGCAAUAAUAGUUCUCCAAGAUCUCGGUGCUUUAACUCAAGAUGAACAACUCACUGACCUUGGUGAAAAAAUAGGGUCCCUUCCUGUUCACCCCUCCACAAGCAAGAUGCUGCUAUUCGCCAUCUUAAUGAACUGCUUGGACCCCGCCCUAACCCUAGCCUGUGCCGCUGAUUACAGAGAUCCCUUUAUUCUUCCGAUGGCCCCAGAUGAGAGAAAGAAAGCUGCCAUGGCAAAAGUUGAACUAGCUUCGUUAUUUGGUGGGUACAGUGAUCAAUUAGCAGUUGUUGCUGCUUUUGAAUGUUGGAGGAGAGCGAGAGAAAGAGGUCAAGAAUCCCAGUUUUGUUCAAGGUACUUUGUUUCUUCGAACACCAUGAAUAUGCUAUUCAGUAUGAGGAAGCAACUAUUAAGCGAGCUUGCAAAGAAUGGGUUCAUUCCCCAGGAUAUAUCCAAUUUUAGUCUAAAUUCUCAAGAUCCAGGUAUUCUACGAGCAGUUCUAAUGGCGGGUUUAUACCCGAUGGUGGGGAAAUUGCUUCCAAGGAGAAAAAAUGGUAAAAGAGCGAUUGUAGAGACAGCUAGUGGGGCCAAAGUUAGGUUACAUCCGCAUUCAUCGAACUUCAAUUUAUCUUUUAAUAAAAAUUGUGGUGGGCCACUUAUCAUUUAUGAUGAGAUUACUCGUGGGGACGGUGGGAUGUAUAUAAAAAAUUGUUCUCUUGUUGGUCCGUAUCCAUUAUUGUUGCUUGCAAUGGAAAUGGUUGUUGCUCCUUUGGAAGAGAAUGAUGAGGGUGAUGAUGAGACUGGUGACGAUGAUGAUGAUGAGGGUUCAAGUGAUGAGGAUGGUGAUGUGGCCAUGAAUGCAGAUUCUGGGCCUCGGGGUGAGGAGAUUAUGUCUUAUCCAGAUAACACUGUUUCAGUUGUCGUUGAUCGAUGGCUGAGAUUCGAGUCGACCGCACUUGAUGUUGCUCAGAUGUACUGCUUAAGGGAGCGAUUAUCUGCUGCAGUCCUGUUCAAAGUCAAAAAUCCGCUGGCCGUUCUCCCUCCCAUGCUUGGAGCAUCAAUGUACGCAAUAGCAUGUAUUCUCUCGUAUGAUGGCUUGCCCACUAUCGUCCCUUCUGAUGAUUUUAUCGAAUCAAAAUCCGACAUGGGUGAACCGAGCAAAUGGGGCGGAAGAAGAGGAGCAGGUUACGUCUCUCCAAGCGGUUUCUUGAAAUCCUUGAUGUCCGAAAAACCAAGGAAUAAUACGAUGCAUAGAAGUAGCGUCUCUGCUCAAUCUCUUCCCCAACCUGCGGUUCAAAGGCCUUUUCACCAAGAAAAGCCUUUUUUACACGGUAACCGCGCUGUUAGUGCCACCCCAAGGAUUAGGUCGUUUAAACGGCAGCGUGGAAGUGUUUCUCGAUGAUACAAGUACUCUCACUCAGUCUUCUCUUCCUCUGUACGAUGUUGGGGUUGUUGGGGUUGAUGCAUAUGGAAGCAUAUGAUCAAGUAUCGACAUGACGGUAACAUUGAAAAGGCUUAAUGACUUUGUAUAAUGCUGUUCCAAUCAGAAGUUGCAGAUCAUCUGAUGGGAGGAAGUUGUUGUUUAUAGGGAUGGGUGCUUAGUCGUCGAAUGUGCGAAGGUGGUGGAAAAAGUGCUUCUUAUUACAGCAGUACAAGGUGGUCGGCUGUGCAUCUAAAAUUAGGGUAAUACAUCAUGUAACUCAAAUAGUUUCUUUUCUUUAUCCCCCCAUCGUGUGGAUUUCAUGGUCUUAUCAUUUAAGAUGCCCCAACUCUGUUCUGCAGAACAUGGAAACUAGGCUUGUAUUUUUAGGCUGCUUACGAUCUGUUAUUGCAACAACAAAAAAAAAAAAGUAAAAAGAAAAGAAAAAAAAGAAGAAGAAAAAGAGAGACUUUUUUUUUUUUAAUAUAAUAAUCAAUGUAUGAGUAAGAAACGAAGAUGAAUUGUGUGUUGCAGAACUGAAGAGAAAAAAAAGGAAAAGGAAAAGAAAAAGAAGAGUCAAUUGACUCACCUGAUAGAUUCAGAUUCAGCUGGUAAAGUGCUUUUACUAGCAGCAGUUAUCAGAUGGCUUGAUUUGCUUUCGCAGUUGGGUACUUUCUAUAGGAUUUGCUUUCGCAGUUGGGUACUUUCUACUAACCUACUGGAACUUGGUGGUAACACAAGUUAGAUUUGAUUGUAUUUGGAUCUCUCAUGACAUUGGUUAUUCGAAGUAUCCAUGUCACAUCUAAGCUAAUUAUUAUUAUUAUUAUUAUUAUUAUUAUAUGGAUUAUACUAGAGUGGUGUUGUUGCUACUAGUUUUGUGCCACUUGGCCUAAUUCUAAAGCAAGAACUUUUUAUAUA